CCCAGUGAGGGGAUCCCAGUAAGGUGGUCCUGGUAAGGAGGAUCCCAGUGAGGGGGAUCCCAGGGAGGGGAACCCGGUGAGGGGAUCCUGGUGCGGGGGGGUCCCAGCGAGGGGGAUUCCCAGGCCCGGCCCCGCUCCCAGGGGUCCCGGCUCUGCCUUCCCGGAACGACCCGAGGGGCCGGGGCCGUCCCCCCGCCGGGGCUGCCCCGCUCCGCCCCCCCGCCCGGGGCCGCCUCUCCCGCCCGUUAAAAGGCGGCGGCGGCGGCAGAGCCGGCGGGGACCCGCUGUCGCCGUGCCCGGGCCAUGCGCCGCGCGCUCCUGGCGCUCCUGGUCGCUGCUGUCGCCGCUGCCGGGGCCGCCCCCGGCCCCUCGUGUCCCGUAACGGCACCGGAGGGAGCCGGGACACGGUCCCGCGUGGGGCCGGCCCCGAGGAGAGCCAAGCGCUUCACCUCGGUGCCACGGUACGUGGAGAUGCUGGUGGUGGCAGAUGAGUCGAUGGCCCAGUUUCACGGCGCGGGGCUCCGGCGGUACCUGCUGACGGUACUGGCAGCGGCUGCCCGGUCCUUCCGGCAUGGCAGCCUGGGCAACCUGGUGGAGCUGCGGGUGACACGGCUGGUGGUGCUGGGCCAGGACACCCCCGGCCCCCCCACCACCUCCAACGCUGCUCAGAUGCUCCGCAACUUCUGCCAGUGGCAGAAGGGGCUCAACGUCCCGGAUGAGGACAGUCCUCUCCACUUCGACACCGCCAUCUUCUUCACUCGACAGGACCUCUGUGGAGCAGCCACCUGUGACACACUGGGCAUGGCCGACGUGGGCACUGCCUGCGACCCUGAGCGGAGCUGUGCCAUCGUGGAGGAUGAUGGGCUGCAGUCGGCAUUCACGGCUGCCCACGAGCUAGGCCAUGUCUUCAACAUGCUGCAUGACACCUCCCAGCCGUGCCGGGAGCUGAACAGCCACUCCGGAGCUGCCCGCCAUGUGAUGGCUCCCGUCCUCUCCUCACUGGAGCCUGGGGAGAUGUGGUCCCCAUGCAGUGCCCGCUUCAUCACCGACUUCUUGGACAACGGCCACGGUCACUGCCUCCUGGACAAGCCUCUGGAGUGGCUGCAGUUUCCCUCGGCGCUGCCAGGCAGCAUCUACCCAGUGCUGCAGCAAUGCCAGCUCGCCUUCGGACCCGACUCACGGCACUGUGGCGACCUGCAGCCGCCCUGCGCCUCACUGUGGUGCACCGGCCACGCCGGCGGCCGCCCCGUCUGCCAGACCAAGCACUUCCCCUGGGCUGACGGCACGCCGUGCGCACCGGGCAAAGCCUGCAUGGACGGGCUGUGCGUCAGUGUUGGCCGCAUGCAGGAGCUCACCACACCCGUGGACGGCAGCUGGGGGCCGUGGGGCCCAUGGGGCGGAUGCUCGCGGACCUGCGGUGGCGGCAUCCAGCUCUCCCACCGCAACUGCACUGCACCCGCACCUCGCCACGGCGGCCGGUACUGUGCAGGCAAGCGCACCCGCUUCCAGUCCUGCAACGUGGAGGAGUGUCCUGGCAGCACCCCCCUGACCUUCCGGGAGGAGCAAUGCGCCGCCUACAACCAUCGCUCUGACCUCGUCAAGGGGCUGCCGUCCCCCGCAGACUGGGUGCCACGCUACAGCGGCGUCCCCGAGCGGGACCAGUGCAAGCUGACCUGCCAGUCCCAAACUCUGGGCUACUACCAUGUGUUGCAGCCGAGGGUGGCCGACGGGACGCCCUGCUCCCCCGAGAGCACAGGGGUGUGUGUGCAGGGCCGCUGCAUCCCUGCCGGCUGCGACCGCAUCAUUGGCUCCAAGAAGAAGUUUGACAAAUGCAUGACGUGCGGCGGCGACGGCUCUGGCUGCACCAAGGUCUACGGCUCCUUCACCAAAUCCCGCUACGGCUACAACGACGUGGUGACCAUCCCGGCGGGCGCCACGCACCUCCUGGUCCGGCAGAUCUCGGCAGCAGGCGGCGAGGAUGUCUUCCUGGCCCUGCGACGGCCGAGCGGUGGCUCCCUGCUCAACGGUGGCUACGUCCUGGUGCCCUCCCCGACCGACGUGGCACUGGCGGGUGGCGCGACCCUACGCUACAGCGGGGCCACGGCGGCCACCGAGACACUGGUGGGCCGGGGGCCGCUGCGUGAGCCCCUGGUGCUGCAGGCGCUGGUGGUGGACGAGCAGCGCCCACCACGCUUGAAAUACAGCUUCUUCGUGCCCCGGGUGCAGAGACGCCCAUCAGCAGCCUGGGAGAAGCAGAAAGCCGAGAUCCUGGAGAUUCUCAGGAGCCGCCGGCGUGGCAAGUAGCAGCACAAGCCUGGCAGGGACAUGGCUCUGCUGGGGAGCAACCCUGGCAGCACUGCAGUGCCUAUUUAUUUGGUUAUUUAUUGCCUGCUGGGAGCAGGGACACCGCCCACAGGACAGCAUCAGGCAGCCCCUCAGCAGAGCCCCGGCGGGCCCGUACCGCACACGGGAACCAGCCCCGGUGCAGGUAACCGCAUCUACCUCAGCCCCUCUGCGGGCAGAAGGGGGUGACGCCCCUGGGCAGGCCCCAGGGCCCCCCCUUCUCACAACUGCCCCCUACCCUGGCUGUGGCCCCGCCCGGGCAUAGCCACCCAGCUGUAAUUUAUUGCAGCGCCAGUAUUUAAAGCUAUUUAUCGA